GUGUUGCUGCCAGCGCCACACACGCGAGGCUACAGCAGCAGCAGCACCAUGGCUUUGUGGGUAGAAGGCGCCGCCGUGCCGACUGGUGGUGGUGUUGCCAGCAGCAUGCUGUUGUCGCUGUCACACUGCGGCAAUGUCUGGAGGAGGUGUUGGUGAAGACAGAGAGGAGGUGCUCUCAUCCUGUCAGGUCUCCACCACCGUCUGGCAUACAGGCGCGUGGCACACACUGUAGCCCCGCGCAAGCCUCAGACACGCAGGCGGGAGGGAGAGCAGCAGCCAGCCAACGACUGCCUCACCCGCGGCCAAGAACUGCUGCUGCUCCUUUCAGCAGGGGACACCGUUGACGGGGGACUUUAAAAAAAAAAAAACAAGAAAAAACUCAACCGCCAGCUGUCGUACAUGUGCUGUGCGACCUGUUAGUCACGACAGACACAGCAGACGACAUCUCAGCCGGCGCUGACAACACCAGCAACUGCACAACCGCGUGGAAAGUACCAGAAAGUCAAGAGGGCAAUACUCUUAUCUCGUGAACGUGACAGUCACCCACCAUUCCUGUACAGGUCGCAGAUGACUGGACAGAGCUGUGGUGACAGAAGUUAACCGUCUCUGUUAUCAAGAACUUUCCACCCGCGCGUUGUCCGGAGGAGACAAAGAAUGUGAGGGACACCCUGGGGAUCGUCAGAUACACAUACCCGGGGUACGGGCUGUUGAGUGGGGUUUACCUUGCCGGACGAAGACAGUGAGACUACUUUGUGAUCCGGGUGUUGAUAGGUGUGUUUGCCUCACCUGGCGUGUUCUGCAUAGUUUCACCCGAGAACAAGAGAUCGAGACAAAGGAAUCGUCUUGGAAGUUUCUAGACCUUAUCUGGGAGUAUCGACAGUAGCCUGGUAAACGGCGAGGAGCUGCUGGUUGCUGCGCUUUCUGUCCACCCCCUGACCUCAGCAUUCUCUACGACGUGAAGACGUAGUCAGGAAAUGAACCAGCAUCCUCCUGUCCGAACAGCUGGGCGACUUUCUCGCUAGGCUGCCUGCUGGUCACGAGGAUCCUACGAUGUGAGCGCGUGUUGGUCACGUGCAGACGGCAAGGGAAAGGCGCAGGAUGCGGCCAAGGGAGAUCCCUCAUCAUCUGAGCUUCGUGACAGCCUGCCUGCUGGCCUGUUGCCUGCCGGUGAUUGGACAGUCCUCCCCCAACUCGUACGGAGUUCUGCGGCCGGACGACCCUCGUCCAUUCGUGGGCGAUAACCUGACCUUGUUCUGCAAUCUGACCAAGAGGGACGUAGUGGAGAACUCCACGCGGCUCUUCUUCCGCCGCGAUGGCGAGCUGGUUCCGGCCAAUUACGUCGACAUCAUCAAUUCACGUACCAUUCGCCUCCGCUACCCCAUUCGGCAGCCCCAGGAUGAGGGGCUCUUCACAUGCAUCCUGAAUCGCACGCAUGGGGAACAGCAGUUCAUCGGCUCCCAGCGGGUGCUGGCCGACUACCGCCCCGUCAAGGUGGAGAACAUCGACUGCAUCGUCAACAACUGGGAGAACAUGACAUGUACGUGGGAUCUCGGGCGAAACUUCAACCACCUGGACAAAGUCAACGUCACUCUUGUCUGGACCAUCAGCUUGCAUCCCAAAUCAGCUUCUUCUGGGGAACAGCGUGACUGUCCAAUUCAGACCAAAACAUCGUGUACUUGGACUCGUGGUCCGAAAGGAUUCCGGCAAGGUGCUUUGUACUACAUGUCUGUGGAGGUCAUGAGCUACUUGGAUCCCACACAGCUCGUAACGGCGAGCUCCAGUGUUGUGAUAAUAAAUACCAGUAAUAUUGUGAAGCCUGCUCCUGUCGCAAACCUAUCCAGCAAGGCUCGGAACGCCACCUGCCUUCUGCUUACCUGGUCUCAUCCGUCGGUUUACUCCAAAGUGGCGGUGGUCGAGUACCAGUCGGAGUGGCAGUGGGGUGUGUGGAACCAGGUGAAUGUGACAGAAGAGGACGAAAAGCCCGAAGAGGUCCUCUUGUGUGGUCUGACUCCAUUUACCGAGUACACCGUGAGAGUGGCCGUGUGGCCCAGGACCCCCGGCAAGUCCAUGUACCAGAGUGACUGGCAGUACAAGAUCGAACGCACUGGUCAGGCGGUGCCGGAAGUGGCCCCCGAGAUGUGUGUCGGCUGCUUCACAAACCUGUCGUGCGAUGUCGAUGACUGUCGUCACGUGAUCGUCUAUUGGCAGCCCAUCCCACAGCCGCUUCGCUACAGCAUCGUUGGCAGCUACCACUUGCGGGUCCUUGACGGAGACCAGGUGGUGGACAUCUACAACACCACAGGAGCAGACACGUCGUGUUUCCUCCGCCUGUCAGCAGCGCGCGCCUACACCGUGCAGCUGUUUGCCGUGACAGAGCUAGGACAGCUGUCGCUGUCGCACUCCGCCAUUCGUCUCAACCCUCUGUCGGACACGCCGGCUCCCCCUCGGUUCUUUGUGGUGGAAGUAGACUCGGACACGUCAGCACAGGGCACGAGCAAGCUCUAUCUCAGCUGGUCACGUGAGAGAGACACGGCCAAUUACAGCGUCUUCUGGUGCCGUGGUUCCAAAAUGAAGUUCAAGUGUGAUAUUGAGGACUACAUCCAUUCACAAAGUCUAACUUCGUCCUCUGCCAGCUACACACUUAGCCUGGAUUCCAAAGGAGACGAACCGGACAGCUUCCUGGUUGGUUUGUCACGCCAGGCCAUAGGACAAGAUGGCAGCAUUGCAAGCAGUGGUAUUCAGUGGAGCAGAUGCUUCUACCAGAGAAAUAUGAAGCCACCUCGUGUGCGUCAAGUUAAAGUAGGUACAGUGAGACAGGAGGCCAGUCUGCAGGUCAGCUGGGACCUUUUGGAGUGUCCAUACUCCAGUAGCUACGUCAACAAUUACACCAUCGUCUACUGCAACACCACGAACCACAACCACAACAUCUGCGAAGGGCCCUCCAGGAACGUUACGGUCGAGUGGGGCACGUCAUCCUACGUUCUGAAGGAUUUGAACCCUGGGGCCUACGUACGCGUGGAGGUGGCAGCGGGCUCGUGGUGGGGUCAAGGUCCUCUGAGCUCGCCCGUCUACUUCCCCGUUCCCGCGCCACAGCAAGCUGAAGAACCCACAAACUUCUCCAUCAUUGGAGUUGUCAUCGGUGUCAUCGUGUUGCUCGUUAUGAUCCUGGUGUGCAUCUGCAAACUGAGAGGGAAAUACAGAAAAGGUUUGGAAAAGUUUGGCACAACAAGAGAUUCGUCACCUGCACCGCAAACGCAAAAGCCGUCUUCAGAUCAGAGUCACCCCAUGAAAGACCGCCCCCUGCCUAAGCUUCCGUUACCUCCAGUUGGCGCCACAGCCACAGAAACCGGAACCUCGACCCUGGCGGAGAGUUCUCGUGGCGUUGGUCGACGCGUGCGUAGCGGCAAGCACGAGAGCAUCACGUCGGAAACGUCACUGCUGGGGCACGAGGAACGCAGUCUGGAGCAUGACGACGGCAGGCGGCGCCACCGCUCGGGGGCCAGUGCUACGUCAGAGAAAAGCAAGCUGCUGCCAGGGGAUUCCCCCGCCCGCGACACCCUCCUGACGUCACGCGGCUGCCCGGAGCUCGGCGCCGAGGCCCGCUACUCCGGCGACCACGACUAUGCGUCGGUGGAGUCCGGCGGCGGCGGCAGUAGUAGUAGCAGCAGCAGCAGCAGUAGCAGCGGCUCCGACAGCGCGCAGGCCAGCGGCGGCUCUGAUGUCGGCGUCACAGACUUGCAGCGGUACCUGAAGUACCCCACCAUUCCAGGCCAGCACGGCUGUCAGCCGGAGCGGCCAGAGUCCGGGCACAGCGAAGACGAUGAUGACGACGACGACAGUUCAACGUCGGCCUCCUCUCCCUUUACCCGUCACGACUUGGAGAGAAGAAACAGGGCGCACGAGCGCACGAGGAAACUGUCCUACCCAACAUCACUUCCUCCACCCCGACCACCGGGCUACAGGCAGGGUGCGCGCGCCACACCGUCAGAACACCUUACUCUUCCACGUGCUCAGCAUGCCACUCGAGUGAACGAAGACAGACAGCCCCUGAUGUCGACGUUCGGGCGUCUUCUCAAGCCCAUGCCAGCGGAAGCUUUGCCUGGCCUAACCACGACCUUGGGGUCAGACAGAACGUUGCCGCUGGGAGCAACCGAAAAGCAAGGGGACUGGCUGGAUGCAGACCGCACGGCUCACGAGACUAACCCUGGACAGAUAGACUACUGCAGGGUGGACGCACCCUCGGCGGGUCACAUGGGGGUCACCCAGUCGUCUGCACUCGGCCUUCACGCCUUAACAGGAGCGGCAGCUUCCUCGGCUGCAGGUACCAAGGCGGCCUGGAUCGCCGCCAAGCCUGCACCCGCUGCUAAACUACCUGGCAAAGCAAACACAGCAGGCAUCAACGGGGUCGUCGGGACUAGCGCUGUUGGUGGUGCCGACGUCGGGAGCGGUGAGGGGGAGUCGAUCUAUUCGCCUCCGUGGGACAGCAAAGGCCUUGCGCCCUUUGUGGCGGCGGGUGACAACCGGCCAUUGAGCGAGUACAUGCUACAACUGCCCAGCCACUUCUUCACCGAUAACUCGCAGCGGGGUCAGCAAGGGCCCACUACCGAGCUGUGACUAGUCCCACGUCCGGCGACUAGACUGGAGACAGCUACGCCCCUUUCUUGACCCUUUUAUUUUUUCGGGUGAAGUGAAGGACGAAGAAGACGGAUUCUCGAGGAGGAAGCGGUUUAGAAGAUGAGUCGUUGUAAGAGGCAGGCUGUCGUCUGCGACCGUUCACAGGCUUGUCAUUUACUGAGGUGUUUCAGUGAUACUGGCAUCGAACCUUCAACCUUUGCUUUCAAACUGGUUGAGUUAUGGAUCUCGGCUGCUGGCAUGGUUACUUGUCUUGAUAAAGAGCAUGUCACUGGCGUAGACAAUCACACGACAUCUUGACAUCUCCAGAGUUAUUGACGGGGACCUUUGAGUUGGGCACAAGGCUUCGCACCUAGGCCCCAGAAUGUACAUAAGAGAGCAAUCCCUCGCAACUCCUCGGUCCACUUUGCCGGUUUUUGUAAGCCUCAGGUACAUGACUUUGUUGCCUAGCAACGGGUGUCUUAACCAGGCCACUCACUGGAUUGAAAGCUUACAUGGCAUCUGCCGUUACCAAACGUGCAGAGCUGUCAGUUGUCAUUGUCACGUGGUUACAUCGUGACAUGGUUACACGUUUUUCUUUCGACUGUGAUCUUUGCAUUCAGGUGACUGCGCAAUUUCUGUGCUGGACGCCAUAGUGCAGACCUUUGUGAAAGUUUUGAAAAUGUUUUCCUCUCUUCAACGUCUUUAGCGAGAUGUGUGCUACAACUAUACUGUCGGGCAAUGGUUUGUUAGCUAGGAUUUCUCUCAGAGACCAAGGAUGGAUGGGUCAGCCAUGCUUGUACUUCCUACCUGCAUGAGCGACAGCAGGCGAGAGUGAUGUGUACUGCAAGGUGACGUGUCACGUGUAGACUCUAACAACUGUAGCUCUGUUCGAUGCACAUUGAUGUAAAUUAAGGAAACACGUUUCGUGAAGCGGCACCUGACCAUACAAACAGGGGUUGGUUCCAGCAACACUGGAUUGCCAUCUUGGACAGGCGUUUACAGGGCGAAACCACAUUCUGUGCUUUAUACUUUGUGGCGAGACCGCUUGGUCAUCCCUAGCCCCUAGCAACUGUCGUUAUCCACCGAACAGACAUGCACUUUACAGCAAGCGCUGCUCUUUCCUACACAGUUGUAAAUGCAAAUGUGAAUGAUGUACAAUCCAUUUUUCGCUUGCUGAUGUCAACAUUGGUGUCAGAAGUAUGCGUUAAUCAUUUAAUUUUUUUUCAAGUUUUAUACAACCGUCAUUCCAGUGUUUUUACAAGUUUUUGAAGAUCUUCUCUUUCUCCCUCUUUUGCACACACACACACACUGUAGCCAUGUCAAAAGACGAUAAUUUUGUGGAAGCGUUUAUUGUACUGUUAUCAGCCACAUCGUCGUGAGACAUGGCAGCGCACAACCAUCAACAGCAGUCUGCCCGCUUCACGACUUGGGUCUAGCUGGUCUGGCUUCGACAGAAGCUGGAUGAACACCACAGUCCCGUCUUCCUGUAUAGUUCGUAGACUCUCACCUGCCACUGUGGGGGCGGGGAACUGCAUACCCCCCUACCCACCUCCCCAUCUCUUCCGAUUGCCGUUAACCUCCAGUCUGGUGACGUCGUGUCUCUGUCAGGUUCCUGCCCUUGACCCUGCCCACGGUGCUGGUCGAAGACGUGGCGGGGUGGCGCUCAGUCGCCUAGAAGUAAUCUUCCUGUAAGUGUCGAAGUCAGAUCGCAAAACUCUUGAGAAAAGUUUUGAGUGUUAACUUCCGCUGUACCGGAACUUAAGCCGAGUGGGAAUGGGAUCGUCUUCUCUUAGUGUUGUCUGUAGUCACGUAGGUCAGGUUUCGUGGUGUGAGGUAAGCUAGUUUAUCAAGGAAGGAUAACAGUGGCCUAGUGUCCUCUCUAAUAUUUUUUAAAAUAGUCAAGGUAAAAGACGGUAUUUGAGACACGUGACCCGUCUAGUUAUGAGCAUUUACAAUUAUCCUGAUAGUUUGGUCCCUCAUCUUGUACUAACAUUACCUUCGUGCUAAGGGAAGCAUCCUCUCUCCCGACUCAUCACACAUAAUCUCUGUUUUGUGUAAAUAUUGUGUAAAAUCUUUGAAAUGGGUGCAAAGGUUGCAAUAUUAUAGUUUCACGUUGAACUUUAAUAAUUAUCUGCUAUUUAGUUAAAAGAUAAGUGCAAGAUGUUACAAGGCGACUUUAUUCAGAAGCCAGUCUUGACUACGGAGACUAUAGACAAAGGCGCCAUUUUCUGUGUAGGUGUGAUGUGGUUAGAGCGGAGUCUUAUUAACAUUGACAGGAAGGCGCCUGCCAUCUUAAAAAGUGAACCGUGGGUUGCCAUAGAGACAGUGGACUCGCUGCAAAUAGGAGGAGUUCGCGACAUUGCAGAGCACGCUAAGGUCAGCAGUCACAGCCACGCGCAUUCUGGAUUGAGCGCGACCUUCCGACAGGCGGCGUCCCUGUGGAAUUUAAUUACACUCCUACCACCCUUUAAUGUCUUCUUGCGCAUGCGCGUGUGACCUCCUGCGUUUUUGUAUCCGGACGACACUAAUAUUUUUUAUGUGGGCAACAUCUGAACUCAGUCUGUAGUGGAGUGAAGGUGGAGGGCUUUGGCAUGUGAGACGUUAGCGCGAGAUCUCAGUCAGGUGUACGAGAGUCUGGUGAGAGUAGGACCGCCGGACACAAAACGCUCUUACAAGCUCAAGUUUUCUCCAGAAUGUAUAUUUAUAUAUCUGUAGGAGUAUGAACUUGCUAUUGCAGUUUGCUGGCUUGUAGACACACUCGACCUAGGAGCAUCAGGCGAAGAGUCCGACAGAUACUUGGGUCUGAAAUAACUGAUGAAGUAGCAUGAGUUCAGUCUGAAGGUGUUCGAGAGGAAAAAGGAAUCUUAUUAUUGAAAGUGACUUUGCCCUAAGGGUUUCUAACAUGAGAAAUAAUAUAAAUGGUAGAUUGGGAAUAUCUGGAACAUAAAUACUGUGAAUGCAUGGGGAUAAGGUGGCUGUUGUCGGGGUUAGAACGUGGAAGCCAUAUUGUGAGAGAAUGUGUCAGUGAGCAGUUUGUGAAGGGAGCUUACGCUAAAAUAUUUCUCGGUGACGACUGGCAGAGGGGCCCAGAGAAAUCAUUCGCAUUGAAAUGUAAUCAGAUUUGAACAAUUUUCCAGCCAGUGUAGGCUGGCAUUGAUACUUUUUAAACUACACUUUUAAAUAUCAUAUUUAACAAAAUGUAAUGUCGAAAUUUUAAUAUUGGUGUAUCGCACUAAACCAUUUUAAACUACUUUAAGGAUUUUGCUACUUCUGCUCCCUCACAGUUUUAACAGGUAUUUUCUUGUAAGAUGUACCAACCAACAUCAGACACUUAUCACAAAAAUGUCAUUCAGCAUGUAGUUGACCCUCUCCGACUUGAUGUGCGGGUGGUAGUCCGUUGUACCCUUACGAUGUGGGAUCCCAGCUGGACAGGACCGUGGAGUUUAUCACGAGAUAUCAGCGAGAACAAUGGCGCGUUGGAAAUCGUUUGCCAGUCGCCUGUGACAUAAAAAGCAAUUUGUCCUUAUUAAGCAAAUGACAUUUGUGGCAACACCGGCCUCCCAUAUGUCGAUGAUAAUCGGGUUAUCACGGCUGCAGACUGCAGCCUGGUUCUGGGCGUGUCCGAGUGGAUGUGUGGUGGCAGCCCCAGAUUAACAUGUUUCCCUCAUGUCCCGCUCAUAGGUCUGUGCGUGGCACGCAGUUGUGACAAAGCAGGCUUCGCUAUGAGACAGGACAGUGGGAAAUCGCUGGGCAGACUUGGGGAAGGGUGGGACGACUACAGAAUCCAACAAGACAGGAUGUGCGACAGCCAUGAAGCUUAGCGCUCGGUUAUAAACUCGACAAAUCACGUUAACCUGAGUGUGAUGCGAUGCAAGGGUAUAAAUGGUAGACAAAACACCUACAUUAGUAUGGGACUUGGGAGAUAAAUCUCAACCUUGUGUGGAAUGAAAGUGGAGGCCAGUGAAAUGUUGAGAUUCACUCCGCCGACACCUAAUUAUAACGGGAAGAUUUUUCACAACUAUAUAAUUAACACUUGACUAGACAUGUCAACACACGCUUAGAAGUAAACUAUUCUUCACACACUUACAAAAAAUUUGCUUAAAUUGAAGCCAAAAGAGUUAACUUUUUGUUUUCCUUUUAGAAAGCUCCAAGACUAAGAUGGAUGUAUUCUUCUUUCUCUGAAUUCAUCUGUUUUUCAGCUCGAUAUUGGGUAACGUUUAUAUCAGUGUCUUCGCCAUGAGUAUGAGUCGUUACCCACACUAUAAGUAACAAUGACUGUUAAAAGGUGUACAAUUUUUACCUUGGCAGUCAAUUAUGAAACAUCUUCACCUGUAAAUAAUGAAAGUUACAGUCACGAAACCAGUAAAUUCUGUUCCUCGUGCUCUUUCUUCUAGAACUGUGUGAUGUAUUUUUUGGCAGGUGUUAAUACUACUAAACAUCAUUAGUCAGCGGUGUGGACAUAGCGUUUCACCUGUUUACAAACAGGCAGGUGGUAAAAUAUGUCAAAAUGAAAUCGUUCUUUUCAUGGUGAAACCUGUUUUGACAAGAUUGUAUUAAUCGACGGAAGUGCGCUGACGGAUCUGGACACCAAGAAGCAUCGUAGAUGCACAAAGGAAGAGAAAGAGGAAGCGAAUGACUGUUGAGGGCCUUAGAACUAUUAAAGACCCUUGUUGGCUUCAUGUGUUGAUGGACAGAACUUCAUUGAACUGUGCAGCCGUCACCGGCAAGUUGGGAAUAACUAAGGUAUGGGAGGGCGUGAGCUGUGUGCAGUGGUGGUCUCUCUCUCUCUGGCUGUCGGCGCAAGGAAGGAAGUACAGCUGUGGAGCUGUGACGCAAACACUGCUUUGCACAUCACGUGGUGUAUUAGUCUGCAGUUUCUUGUUAAGCUUCACUUUAAAAAUGUGUUCCGUGGCUAUGUAAAUUUUGUGAUAAAGCUGUGAAGUAUCUGUAACAAGCGAAGUAACCCAUCAAAGCGAGGUGUCACUGCAGGCAUGUCUUUGUGUUGUGGUUGUGACGCAUCUGUCUUACAAAUUAAGGUUGUGAUCUGUUUUGAGCUGGUUUCUACCCGUCACUUUUGGCGACUAACUAAUCCAGAGAAUACUUCACUUUGUUUUCUGCUGACAGGUGGCGGCAGAUCACGUUGUCCUGUAGUGACAGGCGCUGAUGUAGUAGUUCCUGUAGUUGACUGGGCCGGGGACGAGUUAGUUUACACAUACAUUCAAAAAAUUAGUCUUAAGUAGCCCUCGGCAUGUUUUUCAUAGAGAAAUACCUCUUUCAUCAAGCCUUCAUAUUGACGAGCGCACACGCAACACCACGAGCACACGCUGCAAACAUAACAUAAACUGGACGCGCCAUGACCCCAUGACCUAUUCAUGUAGACCUGAUACAUCAGCUUUGUAGACCUAUAUAUCCUCCACUGGCGGUGGUCAGUGUCUUGUUGACUUGUUCGCCUUUUUAUAUUUUCCAUUCAGUAUCGACACUUUUGUACGGUUGUUGACAUCAUGUUUUUUUCCUGGUCCAGCUUUGUUAAUUAUAUUCCGUUGGUUUUGAUGACAUUUUAUACUGUAAAUUCCUUUUUUUUAAAUUACGUGUAAAUCUCCAUGGGCAUGAACAUGUUGCCAUUGUUUUAGUGAUGACAGACUGCAGUUGGCUCUGUCCGUGAGCGUUGGCCGCUUAUCCAUUUGUGUGCUGUGCCAGAGCAGAACGAGGCUGUGAGGGUGAUCGCAACUCAUUAUUAUUGUUCAACACGAGUCUGCGAAGUAAAGUCAUUUCAUGUCUGCAA